AUGCCACCACCGCUGUUUGCUGCCGAAAUGAGUAGCAUGUUGAAGGGUGCCGGAUCUUGGACCGCCGUGAAGAUGCAGCAUCAAGACACAUUAUGGCUCAUCACAUGGUUCAGUUUUCACAUGAUCAUUUGCACCAACUUCGCUAUGCUUGAAAGGACAUGUCUCCUCACCUCUACUCAAUAA